AUGAAUUUUAAUGAUUUUCAAACUGAAAGGAUAAUCACAUGUAGAGGUGAACUAACGAAACCAGACACCCAUAAUUUUGCAGACAACGACUCUCCAGAGAAUUCUUUGGUAGAAGGCUUCGAUUUGGUUUGGAAGAGACAUUCUCUUCAAAUUUUUUGUGCUGCCAUAAAAUUUAUUGUCAAAUUGAGAAAAGCUGUAGAUCAAUAUCAUCUUCGAUAAAUCACUCAUAGAAUAUAUCAAAUAAUUGGAGACAAGGCAUCCGAUUAUUUAUUCUACCAAUCAAAAGGACUAGUAAAUUAAAAAUGGAGUUUUAACUAAUAUAUCAAGAGCCUCUUAAUUUAUAAUUUUUUAGUGGAUAUGAACAUAAGAGUAAUCAAGCCAGAUAGCAAGGUUAAGCUCUUGGUCGAUUGUACAAUACUAAUUUUAAUAGUAAUGAAUAUAUUUUACAUUCCUAUGUAAUUAUCAUUCUCCUUGUAAGAGAAUGCCUAGACAGUUGACUUUUUAUUUAGCACAAUACCAAGUUGGGUAUUUUUAAUGGAAAUUGUUGUGAAUUUCAACACAGCAUAUUAUUACAAAGGAAUGAUUCAUGAAGAUCGUUCCAAAAUAUUUUAGCAUUACAUAAAGGGGGAUUUUUUCAAGGAUGUUUUGGUUGUAAUCCCAUUUCUGAUAUCUCAAUAUAAUAUUCCAUAUUUGAAUUUUGUUCUGCUGUUGAGAAUGACAAGAGUUAACAAAAUAUUUGAGUAAAUUGAGGAAAUCACAUUGAUUAGAGAGAAAUUUGCAGCUCCGAUUGAUGUGAUGAAAUUAAUGUUAUUCCUAGUUUUUGUUGCUCAUAUGAGUGGUUGCGCUUGGCAUUACAUAGGAAUUCAAGAGUUAUUUUACAAUAACACUGGAUGGUUGAUAAAAUAUGGUUAUGGUGAAAAGGAUUGGAUCACAAGAUAUGUGGCAUCUCUAUACUUUGGAACCAUUACAUCAUUUACAGUUGGUUUUGGAGACAUUGUUCCACAAACAUUAAUUGAGUAGAUCUAUUUAAUAAUUAUGGUUUUAAUUACAUCACUUGUGUUUGGGUAUACGAUUUCAUCAAUUUAAAACAUUUUUGGGUAAUUAAGAGAAAAGACAGACUAACAUAGAAAUAAGAUGGCUAAGAUUAAUUCUUAUAUGAAGAAAAACAAGAUAAGUCCGAUGCUUUAAAUGAAAAUCAGGAAAUAUUUUGAAUAUUUUUUCACUUUAGAUGAAAGUCCAGAAUUAUUGAUGGAUAAUCUUAAUGAUGAUUUAAAAUUGGAAUUAAGAACAAGCAUUUUUAUUCCAAUUAUGAUAAAAUGCAAAUUAUUUUAAAAGUUUGAUGAAAGUCUGUUAAAUCAACUUUGUACAAUUGUUUAGACCUAGAAAUUCAUUCCAGGAUAAAUAAUAUUUCAAGAAAAUGAUUAAAUGAAUAAAGCAUACUUCAUCAUUUAGGGAGAAGUAGAUAUAUAAAUUAAUAAAGUCUCAAUUAAAUAACAAUCAGAAGGAUCUUUGGGUAUUCGAGAGUUCUUUCUUUAAAAACGUAUUCAUUAUGUCACUAGAGCAACUUAAUUUACAGAAAUUGCCUAUAUUCGAUACGAUGAUUUUUAUCGCAUCAUACGAGAAAAAUAAUCCAAUCAGGAAUAGUAUUGCUAAAUGAAAGAUGAUCUACUCUAUUCAACAGUCUAAACCUCAUGUGAAAUCUGUUCUCAUUCUCAUAACUUUAAUAGAUGUCCAGUCGUUUUUUAUAGUCCAUCAACCUAUAAAAUUGCAUGUGACCAAAGCGAUUCUAUUGUCUAACCUCGUUAUUAAAAUAAAAGAAAAUAGAAGAAAAAAAGGAAAACUUUUGAAGAUUUGCAGCUCAAUAUAACUUCAGCAAUAGAUUACAUGUGUGAUAAUGAAACAUUGAGUGAAGGAAUGAAUGAAUCUAUUUUGAAAAGGUAUGGAUAUGUCGAUUUUUAAACUAAAUAGUAAACUCUAGAAGAUGAUAAACUAAAAUCCCUCAAAGUCAUUCAAAAAUUAUAAUUAAAUAGUAAUAAUAAUGGAGAUACUCCAAGAAUGAAACGGUUUGUAUAUAAAAGCCUUAUUAAAAAGGAAGAUAAAUCUCAACAGAAAUAUUAAGAAUCAUAAUUAGAAAAUCUUCAUCAAGAAUUUAUUCAAUUCAAAAAGGAGGAUUUAAAUCAGUUUGAUCAACACGUAGAAUUUUCUCACUUUCAUAAAGAUAAAAAUAUUAGUAAAGUUCUCAAUAAUUUCUAAAAAUAACAGCAUAGCAAACCUCGAGAACAAUUUUAUAGUAAAACUAGAUUGGGAAAGACUAAAAUGACUCAUGCAAUCAAUAUAAUUCAAAAUACUCAACCUAAUUUGAUCAAUAAUUCAAACUUUAAAACCAUUUUUAAUAAUAAAUGA